AUGAUUGACCCUGUGACUGCUCUUGGGCUCGCUGGGAAUAUCGUGGAAUUCAUCGACUUUUUUUGCAAAGUCCUCCAUGACACCAAAAGCCUCUAUGGGUCCCGCACUGGUGCAUCCGCCGAGAACGAUGUCAUUGAAGCCAUCUCCGUCGAUCUUAUAAAUCUCAAUAACGCCUUGGCUGCUCCUUCUGAGCCAGGAGCAAUACCAGAUUCGAUUAGAAGCCUGGCUAGUAACUGUAAAGGUGUUGCUGAAGAAAUUCUCGAAAUUCUUAACAAGAUUAAAGUCCACGGUGAUCACGGGAAAUGGAAGAGCUUCGUUCAAGCCUUGCGAAGCGUGUGGAAGAAAGAACAGAUUGAAGAACUCGUCAAGCGCAUGGAGAAAUUGCGAAACGAAACGCAAUAUGGCUUGCAAUUAAUGCUCAGCGAGGGACAAUCGGAAAUACAGAUGAUGUUGGCAAGCCUUGUCGCCGAGAACAAAAGAUUAAAGCUAGAUGGAAUGCAACAGCUAGAGGGCCUAGUAAAGGGCGUCCACGAUGCAAUCUCUCAACUGCAAGCUGAGACAAAACGUCGUAACGAAACCGCACGAGAUGAGCCUAAGGCCGUCCAAAGAUUGAGCUCUGGUGAUGCCACGGAAAUGACACCAUCAUCACCAUCAUGGGAAGACAUGAAAGGACUGUCGAAUAACAUUUUCAGCUUGGCCGAGGAGGUCAGAUCAUCGGCAUCCGAUAACAUGCUUCUCAACAGCCUUUGGUUCGACUACAUAAAGCAUCGGCAGGCAACUGUCGAGUCCGCCCAUGAAGAGACAUUCAGAUGGGUGCUGGACCCGUCUUCGCCAACAAAGUUCGACGACUGGGUACGAUCUCAGACCGGAAUAUACUGGAUCAUGGGCAAAGCUGGCUCAGGUAAAUCAACAUUGAUGAAGUUUCUGCUCAACCAUACCAAGACAGCAGAAUCAUUGAAAUCAUGGGCGGGGACUAAAGAACUCGUCACUGCGAGCUUCUUCUUCUGGAACUCGGGAUCUAGUAUGCAGAAGUCACAGGAAGGCUUGUUUCGUUCGCUACUGUAUGAGAUACUGAGUCAGUGUCCAGAUCUGACUCGCACCGUUUGCGCUUCCAAAGCAAAGACAUUUCGCCCUUUUGUGAGAGAAGUUGAGCCAUGGAGUCGGGAAGAACUUUGGCACGCAAUAGAGCAGCUUAAAGAACAAAGCGGGGUGAGAGCUAAAUUUUGCUUCUUUAUUGAUGGUCUUGACGAGUAUGACGGCGACCCUGAUCAUAUCGUAAGCGUCCUAGAAAGUCUUCGGAGCUGGCCAGAUAUCAAGCUCUGCAUCUCAAGUCGACCCUACAACGAGUUCAUAGACGCUUUCGGUCGAUCUUCUGAUCCACAGUUAACUCUCGAAGAUCUCACUCGCGAAGAUAUCAGAAUCUACGUUCGGAAUACUCUGGAAGAGAAUUUGCGUUUCAGAGCGCUAAAGGCCAGCGACGACCGCAGUCAGGACCUGGUCCAUGAGAUUGUAGAAAAAGCUCGAGGCGUGUUCCUCUGGGUUAUACUGGUGGUCAGAUCACUCCUCGCGGGUCUCAGGAAUGCCGAUAGAAUCUACGAUUUACAGAAGAGACUCCAGGAAUUUCCAGAGACGCUUGAGAAAUACUUUGGCCACAUGAUUACUUCGGUCGAGCCUGUUUACCGAGAGCAGACUGCCCAAGCAUUUGAAUUUGCCCUCGAAACCGAACGACCACUCCCUUUGAUGAUGUACUCAUUCCUUGAUGAGGAAGAUCUUGACGCUGUUGCAGCUGCACCCUUCAAUCCUCUCACAACUGAAGAAAUCUCAUCCAGACAAGAUGACAUGCGCAGGCGGCUGAACGGUCGCUGUAAAGGACUACUGGAAGUGGUUAGCAGCAAAGUCAUGAACCUAUUGUCCCAGCACAUACAGUUAUCGGUUCCACGCACCCAAGGUGGAGUUCCACCACCGCACAGUCCGCGACUUUCUGCACACGAAAGACAUGCAGAACAUGCUUGUUGA